GUUAAGGCUUUAAUAGAAGUAUAUUGUGAUAUAUUUGUGUCAAGUAUUAGAUCUAUAGAUAAUUGGGAUGGUAUUUCAAGUCAACCCUUUGUUAUUUCUAUCCCUACCAGAACAAACCUCUAGUCUAGCAUGGCCUCAACUAACAGGCUGGCUUGUUGCAUUGAGUUAAAUAUAAACUCAAAACAAUAGGCCUAAUAUAGGCCUAAACAAUCUAAUUUAAAUAGUAGCCUGGUUGCUAGUCAUCAUUGAUGAGCAUCUUGACAUCAAUGACUUUUGAUAGACAGCUAUACUAAAGACAAAAUGGAACCACUUAACUCCUCAACACCAAACUUUUAUUCAGAUUUAAAAGUCCUUUUAUCACAGAACAAAGAUGUCAGUGUAGCAGGAAACUCAUAUGACACUUUGUUAUUAACUUUAUCAAACCCAGAUACUGAGGCUGGGAAAGUUAUUCAUAUUCUAAAAGAUAUUGAGGAAAAUAUAACUCUUUUAACGAAUGAGCACAGACCUCUUGUACAAGUGAUUAUGAACAUGAACUGGUUGGAGAGAGGCCCUGAACUAAUUAGUGUGUUUAAAUCUUGCAUUUUGAAUCUCGUAUCUGCCCAUAUGUUCCACCUGAAACCAAUGCUAAAGGUACUGGUGAGGAGAUUCAUACAAGAUGACAAAACAACAGAUGAGUCAGAAAAGGUCACAAAGAAAAAAGAGGAUUUAUUACACAUUCAUUCCCUUAUAAAGUCACUCUAUCAGCUGGCACCUACGACAACACUUUUCAUGUUGCAAAUCCUGGAAGAAAAUUUUCCCUACUUAAAUAAAGGAGUUGCAAACUUUGAAUACUUCACACUGGGUGCUCUUACUGUGAGCAAGUACAUGAGCCCUUUGAGAAUGGAUAUUUUAGAAUUGGUUGUAAAAAAUAUGUUGAAAUUAGAUGUAAGAUCAUCAAGAACUGAGAUAAAUACUGUGAUAUGUGAACCUCAGAAAGAAUCCACUGAAUUAGAAGACACACUUUUUGAAAUGGAGGACGGUACAGCAGGUAACACAAGUGGGUCAGUAGAACAGAGAUUAGCCACAGCACUACCUAUGGCAGGGUCACUUGAUGCAAUGAUGACACUCUGCUUCCAGUACAUCAAAGAGGAGUGUUUUGUGGAAGACAAGCUAAACUGGGAGGUCACUAAAAAGCUGUACAGAGAAAUGCUAUCAGUUUUUGAUAAGUUUAUAUUUCCCACACAUGCUUCUUGCCAUGUACAGUUUCUAAUAUUUUACAUAUGCAGUUUCAAAGAACCUUUGGGAGAGGGAUUUAUUGACUACUUGUGGAAAAAAGUGACAGACCCGACAUUACAGUGUAUUUACAGGCAGACAGCAGCUUGUUACAUUGGUAGUUUCCUCACCAGGGCUAAAUACAUUUCAUUAAAUACAUCAAAAGAAGUGAUGCAGUUGAUGAUGAAGUGGGUCCAUAAAUAUUUAGACCAAACCGGUGAACAGGGACUCAAUGCUGAUAUUGCCCACCAUGGGACCUUCUACUCAGUCUGCCAGAGUGCCUUUUACAUAUUUUGUUUUAAACAUAAUGACUUUAUGCAGAUGAAGAGAGGUCACAAGUGGGCAGAAUCUUUGAACUUUCAGAGGGUUGUUACAAGCAAGCUGAACCCCCUUCGUGUGUGUGUUCCUAUCAUUGUUAAAACAUUUGCUUCUGCUACCAGAAUGCACCAGCUAGCUUUCUGUGAUACUAUCAUUGAGAGAAACAAUCGUUAUAGUCUACCUAUCACCAGUUCAAGCUAUCAGCUUGCCAGUUCAGCAUCAAAACAGCUUGAAUCAUAUUUUCCCUUUGAUCCUUACUUACUGCCAAGAUCUGGUACACAUAUCACACCUUUGUACUAUGAGUUUAGAGGAAGUCUGCCUGAAGAAGAAGAAUUGGAAGAUGAGGAUGUAGAUGACUUUUUGCCAGAUGAAGAUGAUGAAAUGAUACCAAGCACAAAUCCUGUGAGCAUAUCUUUAGUCAACUGCCCUGCAGAUUUUCUUCAAUACGGCACUUCUCCUGGAUUUAAACAUGGUUAUUCAAACUAAACUAAGUAUUUUGUUUUGUUAUGUGGGCAUUGUAUUAGAUACCUUGCUUUAAUUGGGCAUAUAAUUUAUUUUCUGAGCAUUUUUUACUGUAAGACAAUAAAGAAUAAAAAACAAAAGAUAAGAUUCUCAAGCUUGUAUUAAAUUCAUGAGCUUUUAUGUAAGCUUUAUAUUUUUGUUUUGAUGCUUGUUUUAAAUAUAUUUGGAUGAGUCUCAUUGUGUUUUAUUCCCAACCAAAUGUUAUUUGAGUAACUGCAUUAGUCAAUGCUUUUACUUUUGCUUCUGAAAACAUUCAUCAAUGAGUUGUAGACAGUUUAAAAAUUCAUGUUAAUUUUAACAUCACAUGCAAUAGUUGCUCCUAUUGUUCUCUAGUGUUUCAGUGUUUUUCUUAAGGAAAAAAUUCUCUCUUGUUGGUAGGCACAUAAUAAAAGAGUCAUUCAUUAUGACUUUUUUGUUACUGUGGUGUAUAAGUCAAGCCUAAUCUUUAUUAUGCUCAACAUAUUAAUGCCAAAACCAAAAUAAAAAGCAAAGAGGAAACUGGUUGCUGGUU